AUGAGCGAUAUUACGAUGAGCUCUGGCCCGCUACCGAGUGAUGAUGAGUUUUGGCAUCUUCUUCAAAAGAGCCUCACGACAUGGUCUUCGUACGUUGGCGACGAAAGUGAAAAUGCUCAACUACUGCCACGGCAGGCCAUAGACCUAAAGCCUCUUGUUCGCAACACUCCUUCUUAUCUCGGUCAUGGUGUUGGCUCUUCCGGCGAAACAAUAUCUUUCAGCUGCGAGGAGAGGAAUAAUUCUCUACUGAUUAAAGGAAGAUCAACAUGGAAGACUUCCAAAGGGCAAUGUGACCUACAGCCGAAGGUCCUUCCCAAACAACUUCAAUUAGCAGUGAGCCGCCAAUUAAGCGUGAGACUGUCCAAGAACUCUCCUCUAUCAAACUGGCCUGGAGUCCAGGGACUGUCGAAAUACGACAAAGGAAAUUACCUAUCGGUUCUUUUCUUCGCUUGGUCAUAUAUACUGUCUGCGCGAUGGGUUGAGCUGCUUAAUAGAUCUACCGGCCACGAAUGUCAAUUGAAAUACACUACGGCCGGAGUUAAUGACAUACUGCCACAGUUGGAUGAACAUCUCGCGGUUGAUGUCGGUGAUAUCCCCGAAGAAGAAUGUCUUUGGUGGCGCGCUAUCCUAUGUCCUGAGUAUGGCUGGAAUGCAACCACCAAGUAUAACGACCACCUCUAUGUCUCGCCAUGGUCUGCGUCAUCUAAGGAUAUUGGCUUUACUCUGUCUAAGAGACCCUCUUCUCCAGAAGCCAAGCUCAAGCCUCCAUCGUCUACAACUGCUCUUAAGUACCUUUCAAGAUUUUGUAUACACCACUGCCUUUAUGGCCAGUGCUCGGCUGCUCUAGCCGGAGUUCUAUACAUCCCUUUCCUGGGUGGUAGGGAGUUGUUCCUACCCUUUCCCAAGAAGUGUUCACAGCUGGAAAAGGCAAAAGUGGACUUAGCAGAUAGAAAUGGCAGCCCAUCCGUGUCUAUCCCCGAACUCCUGAAAGAGCAUCGAGAUCUCCUUCCCAAGUACAUGACACUGAGCUCGAAUGUUUGGGGCCUGCGUUCUCUGCUAGUCAGCACAUUCUUCAACCCUGAAAUUGAGUGCAAUCUAGCCAGUGCCUGGUUAAACCCAGCAUUUGCAGUGAUCGACUCGAUUCAAUCAACCGGUGGCUCACUAGCCACAUUCUUAGCUAAGCGACAGCCCCGACUAGGAAUUCUCUGGCUGGGAGCCAUAAUCACUGAUGUUGCAGAUUCCGUUUUGAGCGCGACACGAAACGGAAGGACGGCUUUAGAUAUUUCAGCGUCUGUCUGGACAGGGACGACACAGACAUUCUUGACAGCCUCCACAAUCACCUCUGGCCGCAGCAACACGUCAAUAUCUCGGGACGAUGAGUGUCGAUUAUCAUUUAUCACGAGCCUUCACGGCCAAGAAAACGGGCAGGAUAGAUUACCUGCCUGCUGUUGGAAGCCAUUUGGUGAAACACAGCUCUGCGAUACAGAGCCGCCUGUCCGACUCCAUGCUCAAUGCGGAGAUCAUUGCUUAGAAUACGAAUCUUGGGAGUGGUUGUUGGCCAAUGACCGCUCCAUUCAAGAGUCGGUCCAAGACUCAAUUCAAGAUAUUGGAAAGGAUGCCAGCGAGACUGGCCAAACAAAGCAAUCCGCUAAUACAUCACUUGGGCUUGGCAAUUAUAACCAUCAGCUAUUCUCCCAAGAAAUAUCUGAAGGGGCCACUGUGGAAAUCUUUAGUUGGUUGCGAUCAACAGGCUAUCCUGUCAAUGAAAGACCCAUCUACCAGUCUUCAUGGUUUGCAUAUGAUUGGGGUGAGUAUGACGGCGAGGUGAAUCAAGCUCCAGUGUCGGGUGUUGAAAAGGAUUGUACUCCGAAGAUAAAGAGAGUGGAGAAUUGGCUUGAGAAUGUUUGUUAA